AUUAGAAUUCGGCAGCCAUUCUGUGUUUUACUUCCGUGUUACAUUAGUCGACAAUAUGUCUGGUCGUGGAAAAGGAGGCAAAGUGAAGGGGAAAUCUAAGUCAAGAUCGAGUCGUGCUGGUCUACAGUUCCCUGUAGGACGUGUACAUCGUUUUCUACGCAAGGGUAACUAUGCUGAACGUGUGGGCGCUGGCGCUCCGGUGUACUUGGCUGCUGUACUUGAAUAUCUAGCUGCUGAAAUCCUCGAGUUGGCCGGUAAUGCUGCCCGUGAUAACAAGAAGUCAAGAAUCAUCCCCCGUCACUUGCAGUUGGCUGUCCGUAACGACGAAGAAUUGAACAAACUUAUGUCCGGGGUGACCAUCGCACAAGGCGGCGUGCUACCAAAUAUUCAAGCCGUGCUCCUACCCAAGAAAACCCAAAUGAAAACGAAGAACUUUUAACUGUUUCAACCGGACCUUUUUCAGCAGACAUCAUCUACUAGUACGUACUGUCUUGACCGAAAUUGUGUUAAUAAUAUAUUCAUGUUGAGAAUUUUGCAUCUUAUUUGGUGAUUUUUGGAUUAUGUUUGUGGAUGAACUUUGUCACAAUCAAUAACGUUUUCACGACAGAGGUCGUGUAUACUAUUUGUUUUGUCUAAAAAUGGAUCGAAUGUUUUGACUAAAUUUAAUAUUUGUUAUGUGAUUGAGUCAAGUGUCACUUGCAAGUGAACGCAGGACCCGGUGGCAACAAUGAUAAAUUGUUAUCAAUUGUAGCACAUAUUAUGACAUUUAUAGCAAUUCGCCUCGUUAUGUUAUGUCUGCAAUACGCUUAAACUCGAUUACAUUAUCUCCAUUCAUUCAGGCAUGAACGUUUUUUUUUUUCCAUUAAAGGGCUGGUGGUCGUUGGGCCGCGCAUGUGCAACAUUUCCCCACAAUCCAAUGCGUUCUUUUAAUGAAAUCACUAGUACGAGUUUUGACCUAGGCCGAUCUUGCACUAAUUACCACAGUGACUCCUUUGAUAUCUUCCAAUCACCUAACAAAAUACUUAAAGCUUGAUAACGUCUCAGUUUGUACUCUUGCCAACAGUCAAAGUUGCCUUCUUUGUUUAUUUGAGACCAUAUCCCACGC